GUAUUUGAACCCUUUAGCAGAGGUGGUUAGCAUAGUCUCUCAGCAGACACCUCCACAAGCACACCACCAGUCAAGGCUUCAAGACUGUCAACUGUGUCAACUGUCAACUGCUCGCUGUCAUCUUAUACAAGAAUACGUUGUAUUACUCAUUACUAAAGAUGCGACCAGCUUGGGCAGCGAUGGGAGCGUGCGUGGCUCUCCAGUUACUGAUGGCAGCAUAUGGGGCUGUUGUAGUGACAGGUCCUCCAGAGAUCAGCUCCCAGUGCCCCAACCCUGAAGAGGAGCACGUUACUCUUCUACCCAACCCAGACGAUUGCUCUACCUACUACUCCUGCAGCUGGGGUGUCGCUUACCUCAUGCAGUGCCCGGCGGGACUCCUCUUCGAUGUUAAUCUUCUCGUUUGUACCUGGUCUUGGGAUGCUGUGUGUUACCUACCCACUACAUUCACUACUGGCCACAGUGAGCAGCCUAGCACGACUACAGAGGUCUUCACUCAGGAGCCUAGCACGACUACAGAGGUCUUCACUCAGCAGCCUAGCACAACUACAGAGGUAAACACUCCAGUCGUCACCACUGAAGAACCCAAAACUACAACAGUCACCACUGAAGAACCCAAAACUACAGUAAUCACCACUGAAGAACCCAAAACUACAACAGUCACCACUGAGGAACCCAAAACUACAACAGUCACCACUGAAGAACCCAAAACUACAAUAGUCACCACUGAAGAACCCAAAACUACAACAGUCACCACUGAGGAACCCAAAACCACAACAGUCACCACUGAAGAACCCAAAACUACAGUAAUCACCACUGAAGAACCCAAAACUACAACAGUCACCACUGAAGAACCCAAAACUACAAUAGUCACCACUGAAGAACCCAAAACUACAGUAAUCACCACUGAAGAACCCAAAACUACAACAAUCACCACUGAGGAACCCAAAACUACAAUAGUCACCACUGAAGAACCCAAAACUACAAUAGUCACCACUGAAGAACCCAAAACUACAACAGUCACCACUGAAGAACCCAAAACUACAAUAGUCACCACUGAAGAACCCAAAACUACAAUAGUCACCACUGAAGAACCCAAAACUACAAUAGUCACCACUGAAGAACCCAAAACUACAACAGUCACCACUGAAGAACCCAAAACUACAACAGUCACCACUGAGGAACCCAAAACCACAACAGUCACCACUGAAGAACCCAAAACUACAGUAAUCACCACUGAAGAACCCAAAACUACAACAGUCACCACUGAAGAACCCAAAACUACAGUAAUCACCACUGAAGAACCCAAAACUACAACAGUCACCACUGAAGAACCCAAAACUACAACAGUCACCACUGAAGAACCCAAAACUACAACAGUCACCACUGAGGAACCCAAAACUACAACAGUCACCACUGAGGAACCCAAAACCACAACAGUCACCACUGAAGAACCCAAAACUACAGUAAUCACCACUGAAGAACCCAAAACUACAACAGUCACUACUGAAGAACCCAAAACUACAGUAAUCACCACUGAAGAACCCAAAACUACAACAGUCACUACUGAAGAACCCAAAACUACAGUAAUCACCACUGAAGAACCCAAAACUACAACAGUCACCACUGAGGAACCCAAAACUACAACAGUCACCACUGAGGAACCUAAAACUACAACAGUCACCACUGAAGAACCCAAAACUACAACAGUCACCACUGAGGAACCCAAAACUACAACAGUCACCACUGAGGAACCCAAAACUACAACAGUCACCACUGAAGAACCCAAAACUACAACAGUCACCACUGAGGAACCCAAAACUACAACAGUCACCACUGAAGAACCCAAUACUACAACAGUCACCACUGAGGAACCCAAAACUACAACAGUCACCACUGAGGAACCCAAAACUACAACAGUCACCACUGAGGAACCCAGUACUAGACCAGUUACCUCUGAUGAACCCAGUACUACAACAGUCACCACUGAAGAACCCAGUACUACAGUAGUGCCAAAUACAUCCACAACACCACUACCUUUACCCACAUGUCCCCAUGUUGAUGGCAAUGCCCACGUGUUGUUGGCCAACCCUAAUGACUGCUCCACAUUCUUCAUGUGUAUCGAUGGUUCCCCGCACCUGUUCUCGUGUCCCCAGGGAACCUACUUCGACCAAAACCGCCAGGUGUGCAGCCACUCCCACUUCGUCAAGUGUGAUCACAGGGUAUUGGAGUGGUAGCUCCAGCUCCCACUACGUCAAGUGUGAUCGCGGGGUAUUGGAGUGGUAUCUCCAGCUCUCACCACGUCAACUCCCCCUCUUGGUGAUUCUCUUUUAGUAAUAGUAUGUAUUAUUAUGUAAAAAGUAAAUUAUAUAUUAUUUUAAUUUAUUUAUAUAAUUGCUAGGUAUUAUAAUGCGAAUUUUAUUAUAAUGCGGUAUUAUACAUGGAAUAAGAAUCCCUGUAAUGUUCGAGUACUGAAGGAUUUAACUAAAUAAUUUUUUUUUAAUUUCUGGAUAGGUAUUCCAAAAUUAAUAUAAGCCUACUUAAGGCAUGGAAAAGAAAACACUUGAAUGAUUGUCUUAAUGAACUGCUUACAUAAAAACGAAUAGCAAUGUAUUGAUGAAUAACCAUCAAUUUGGAUUAGGCCAACCAUGAAUUUAAGUACUGUAUUUAGAAACUGAUCUGGAUCUACCCUGAAACGUUUAGUUUUAAGAUUAGCAAUAAACUUAUUUUUCUAUUCUAAAUGGUAAGGUUGUUUAUAUGUACUGUGUUUUAUAAAUUGUGUAACUAGCAUAGCAGUAGUUAGUUUUUACCUGUAUUUACCUGAAGGCCACAUCUCUCUAGUGGGCUCGAUAGAACGUGUUGCUGGCGGCUUGUCAUCAAAGGUCCCACAUUGUUGCUGAGGGUUUUUGUCCAGCUGUAUUGCACUUUUAAUGGUUUCAGGUCUAUGUGUGUACCAACAUAUAGCAUACAAUGUAUAAGAACAUAACCACUGUAACACAAACAAAAUAUAAAGCUUAUGCGUUUUAUAAUAAUAAAAAUUGCAUAAAAUAUUA